AUGGGUUUUGCUCAAAGAAGAGGAUGUUAUGUUGUAAUGCUUACAAUAAUGUUCAUAUUUUUGGUAACGAGUUUUGAUGAAGUUGAAGCUAUAAGACCAUUGAAAAAAGAUCAAAAAACGUUAUUAUUAGCGUCGUUGCCUAAGGGUCCAGUACCGCCUUCAAAAUCUAGCCCGUGUACUAACAUCCCCAAGAGUGGUGGCACAGGUCGCUGCACCAUGGAGGUGAAUGUUGCCGGGAGAGCCACCAAGGCGGGUGAUGAGAAUCGAUCUCAAGAUCUCCUAGAAUCGGGAGAGAAACUCUAA